AUGUGUGCUGCUCGGCUAGCGGCGGCAGCGGUGUACGCCUUCUCGGCGCGCCCGCUGGCCGGCGGGGAGCCUGUGAGCCUGGGCUCCCUAAGGGGCAAGGUGCUACUUAUCGAGAAUGUGGCGUCCCUCUGAGGCACCACGGUCCGGGACUACACCCAGAUGAACGAGCUGCAGCGGCGCCUUGGGCCCCGGGGCCUGGUGGUGCUCGGCUUCCCGUGCAACCAGUUUGGGCAUCAGGAGAACGCCAAGAACGAAGAGAUUCUGAAUUCCCUCAAGUACGUCCGACCUGGUGGUGGGUUCGAGCCCAACUUCAUGCUCUUCGAGAAGUGCGAGGUGAACGGUGCAGGGGCGCACCCUCUCUUCGCCUUCCUGCGGGAGGCCCUGCCAGCCCCCAGCGACGAUGCCACUGCGCUCAUGACCGACCCCAAGCUCAUCACCUGGUCUCCGGUGUGCCGCAACGAUGUUGCCUGGAACUUCGAGAAGUUCCUGGUGGGCCCUGACGGUGUGCCCGUACGCAGGUACAGCCGCCGCUUCCAGACUAUUGACAUCGAGCCUGACAUCGAAGCCCUGCUGUCUCAAGGUCCCAGCAGUGCCUAGGGCCCCUUUCCUACCCCGGCUGCUUGGCAGUUGCAGCGCUGCUCUCUGGGGGGUUUUCAUCUAUGAGGGUGUUUCCUCUAAACCUACAAGGAGGAACACCUGAUAAUACAGAAAAUACCCCCUCGAGACGGGCGCUCGUCCUGUCCAUCCCGGUCUCUGCCGGACCAAGGCGAAUUUCCCCACUAAUAAAGUGCCAGUUGUCAGCAGAA